AAAUUCAACCUACAACUCAUUAAUAAUUUAUCCACUUCAACUUCACAUCAAUCACCCCCAAAAUCCUAACCCUAAUCACAAUUCUAGGGUUCAGGAUUCAAAUUGCUCUUCCUAAUCAUCAUACAACACUCAAAUCGCAAGUUUCUCCUCUUCCCAGACUUGAUCAUCGAUCAAGUUCAUAAAAAAAUGUCUCGGAUGCUGAGGAGUUGCAUUCAAUCGCUGCUAAAACUGGUUAAUUCUUUUCUCGCGAUGUUCGGAAUCGCAAUGAUCCUGUAUGCAAUUUGGAUGAUCAGAGCAUGGAACCGUGAAAUGGAGGAUUCUGACUACCCUGCUCCUUGGUUUAUAUACACAAUGCUAGGGCUUGGUGUAACCUUGUGUGUGAUCACAUGUUCAGGUCAUAUUGCAGCAGAGACAGCUAAUGGUUGCUGCCUCUAUUGUUACUUGGUGUUUGUUGUUUUUCUCUUAAUGCUGGAAGGUGCAGUUACAAUGGAUGUGUUUCUGAACCGCAACUGGGAAGAGGACUUCCCAAAAGACCCAAGUGGAAACUUUAAUGAGUUCAAGAAUUUUAUUAAGGAGAAUUUUGACAUGUGCAAAUGGGUUGGCUUGUCCAUUGUUUCUAUUCAGGGGUUGUGUACGGUUUUGGCACUUAUUCUCAAAGGCCUAGGGCCACAUCAACAAAGACAUUAUGACAGCGAUGACGAUUAUACCCUUGAAGAAGUCCCAUUGUUGAGGAAUUACGUUGUUGGCGCUCCUGUUUAUGGAACCAGAUAAUUCUCAGGGAAAUGUGAAGAUAAGAUUACAUGGGACGUUCGGUGCCAAGACAAUUGUCGGUUUGUGAUCUAUGGCAACACACCCAAACAAACCAAAACAUGGAAAGACGUUUGGUUCUUUAGUAUGAUUAAUUUAUUUAAACAUGUUUGCUGUAAAUGCUGUUAAAUAUCCAGGUAUCUUGUGGCUCUUUUACUAGAAUGCACAUAUGAACUAUGUUAUCCUCUGCCUUCUUGACAUGCUACAAGUAAUUUUCCAUUCA